AUGUCAGGCGGUUCAACACAUCCAGAUCCAGUCUUUGCCGCCAAACUGGCCCGGCGUCAACAACUGAACUACAAUGCCAUGGUUGUCUUUGCUGCAGCUAUGACUGCUUUCUACUUCACCAUUUGUAUAGCCAUUCUUCUCAGAAGUCUUUGCGUUGAUCUAGGAGCCUCGCGCAAACCAAAUACCGCCACAGCGAUCUUCCGGCGCCUGAGAGCGAGCGCUCUUGUAAAUAUCGCGAGGCUACCGUCGGGAGGAUAUACUCUUACUGUGAUUGGAUAUCUAGUUAUCAACGCCAUCGUCACUCUUACUUACCUAGACAACGACAAUAUGCCGCUUCUUUCCAACAUGGCGUCUCGAACUGGAUGGAUGGCUAUUGCAAAUCUUCUCAUCGUCGUCCUACUGUCCCUCAAGAAUACUCCCGUUGUCAUAUUCAUGACCUCCUCUUAUGAGCGCCUCAACAUUCUCCAUCGCAUAACCGGUUACACUACUCUCAUCUUCGCCAUAGUGCACUCUUGCAGUUACGCUGCCGCGUUCGGUGCCCAAGACUUUCUCCAGCGUUUGCUAGCGAGAGAAGAAAUUUUUGGCAUGGUCGCUAUGGGCUCAUUCCUAGUCCUUGGCUUUGCCGGUGCUGUCCUCCGGACGUGGUGGUACGAACUAUUUUACUACCUUCAUGUGGUUUUCUGGAUCCUUGCUGUCAUCAUGACCGGUCUCCAUCAGCCGGAGCCUAGCAAGAAGGUUCUCUACGUCAUUUUUGCUUCAGCCGGAAUUUGGGUCCUCGAGCGAGUCAUCCGCCUCGCACGUAUCAUCGUUAACAGCGCCAAUAACACCGUCACUCUCACGCCGCUCCCCAAUGGCGGUACUCGUGUCACACUUGCCAAGGUACCAUUUGGAUCUUCAUCUGGCAAACAUGGCUUCCUUUGGAUCCCCGCGGUACGCGCCAUUGAAACCCACCCUUUCACCAUGGUUGCUACCGAUCCCCUCGAGUUUGUUGUGGCAGCCCACGACGGAUUCACUAGGGCUCUGCACAAGUGUGCCCUUGAGAGCCCGGGAAUCACAUUGAAAGGGUCAGUGGAGGGCCCUUACGGCGAUCACCCUGAUGUCAAGGGGUAUGACAAGGUCAUGCUUAUAGCAGGGGGCAGCGGUGCAAGCUUCACGGUUGGCGCGGCUCUAGAUAUGCUCAAAAGCCUGGACACAGAUGCUGAGAUCGACAUCGAAUUCGUGUGGAUGAUCAGGAAGCCAAGCAAGUCCACGUUAAAUCCCGUGACGUCGCAAUACUGA